AUGGUGCUGGAUAAGCGUUUAAUGAGUGCGUGGCGUGGGCAGCCCGGCAGCCUCGGCCGGGGCUUUGAGGCCUACCCGCAGUGCCCUCAGAGCCCGCUCCCGGCGGCUCCGGCCGGCUCCCGGCGGCUCCGGCCGGCUCCCGGCUCCGGCCGGCUCCCGGCGGCUCCGGCCGGCUCCCGCCCUCCUCCUGCCCUCCUCCCUUCGCUCCCGGCGGCUCCUGCCCUCCUCCCCUCGCUCCCGGCGGCUCCGGCCGGCUCCCGCCCUCCUCCGCUCCGUCCUCCCAUCCGUGCUCACCGCAGGACGGCCGGGCCCCGCGGGUGGCAGCGCCGCCGCGGCUCCCCGGGCAGGCUCCGCGCGGCCGGGCCUCCCGCAGCGCCGCUGCACAGCGGCAGCCUCGCCGCCUCGCACAGCACCGAGUGUGUUUUUGUCACGGCAGCCUCGCCGCCUCGCACAGCACCGACGGCAGCCUCGCCGCCUCGCACAGCACCGAGUGUGUUUUUGUCACAGCGGCAGCCUCGCCGCCUCGCACAGCACCGAGUGUGUUUUUGUCACCUGAAGGUGACCCCCAGACUUUCGGUUUCCGGCUGUUGCCGAGGCUGGGUCCUGUGGCGGCAGGGUUGUGCUGACAGCGUGGGGAAAGUCGGCUUGCGAGACGCGGAGUAA